CACACAAACGUUUCACUUCUGUUUUUUUGUUGCUGCCAAGUGAGACGAGCGGGCCACAGUGCAGCGCGACGCCGGCACCUCGCACCUUUCUGGGCUCUCGAAGAUGGCUCGCUGGCCGCCGCCCCUGCUGGCCUGCGCCGGCGCCGCGGCUCUGCUGUGCGGCGCGGCCGCCGCGUACGGGCGCGACGGCACCGACAAGACGUUUUGCUCGUGGACGUACGUCGUCUUCACGCUGCAGUGGCCCGCCGGCUUCUGCCAGUCUUUGGACAACGUUUCCCUCUGCACCGUUCCCGAGCGCGUGAACGGCUGGGUGAUCCACGGCCUGUGGCCAACGAAGGUGCAGAGGUGCUGCGACUGCUGGCCCGUGUUCCCGUCCGACGUCCAGGAGCUGCGAGAGGCGCUGGAGGAAACGUGGCCCUCUUUGUUGAUCAGUCGAUCCGCCUUCCACUUCUGGAAGGACGAGUGGGAGAAACACGGCGCGUGUGCGGCAUGCGUGGAAGGUCUGAACUCUCCGCUCAGAUAUUUCCAGACGUGCCUGAAACUGAGACAACGCUUCGCCAUGGACAAAGCGCUGGACGCCGCUGGCAUCAGGCCAUCCUGCCAACGACCUUACAAGCUGGCCGAGGUGCUGGACGCGCUGCUUCCGCUCAUCGGCGACAAGUCUGAAAUUCAGUGCGUCAAAGACCACAAGAUGAAGAAACCAACCUCUCGCUCACUCUUUCAGGAGCGUGAGGUUUGGUUUCAGGUGAAGAUCCGUCUGUCUCGCAACCUUACCGUCGGCUGCGAUCGCCACGGCGACGACGCCGACGACGUCUGGGAGCGAGGCGCCUCCAAAGGUCACCCCUGCCCGGCCCAGGGGACCUUCUACUUCUUCCCCAUCGACCACCAGCGCCCGAUGCAACCCUGCGGGUGACGUUCCGACAUCUCCGCUUCGACGUCCCCCCUUCGACUUCUCCGCUUCGACGUCACCGCUACGGCAUCUCCGCUACGAUGUCAGAAUAAAAGAAAAUGAGUUCAAAA